GUUGCAUCGUGCAUGGAGGAGAGACGGGACAGCCGCAGCGGCGCGCGACGCAAGCCACCGGAGGCCAAGUCGUCGAUGAGUCCCAUGGAGAUGGACCUUCUUCUCAAGAAGCGCCUGUACGAGCCGGCGGGCAGCGCCAAGCCGAUUGAGGUCCGCUCGGCGCUCGUGCCCAAGGUGCGCAAGGCCAAAAAGGCGUCGGCGACGUCGGCGCCGCUCCCAAAGCUGCUGCGCCCGCGCCUGGACCCGCUGCCUGACGCGCCCACGCCCGUGGUAGUGCAGCCUCCGCCUGUCGCGACGCCGUCGCCCGCAGCGAACCCGCGCUCGUCCUUUACCGCGUCUCUGCACCUCGACGCGCGGUACCUCGAUGAGUUUGAAGCGGGCAACUUUCUCUACCUCCAGCGCAAGCCCGAGAGCGACGAGGUUGUGUACGAUCUGCAGGUCGUCGAGCACUACGAGACGAACCCGGCAAGCUACUACACGAUGAGCAAGGCCGGGAUCACGCACUUCACGCCCGACUCGUCCGACUUUUGCCCGCUCGACAAGUGGGAGCUCGAGUACGCGCGGUUUGUGCGCAUGCGCCAGAUCCCGUUCUUCCAGAAGUACCGCGUCUGGAAAAACUACAACGUCUGGAAGCAGAACAUCCGCGGCUCCAAGAUGCGCGACGCCAAGUACGCGCUCGAGAAGCGGCUCUUUCUUCUCAACCCGCAGCUCCAGCCCACGCUCCUCGCCUUGCGCAAGCUCACGCUUCAAGUGACGCAAACGCUCUUGCUGCGCCUCGUGCCAAAGAAGAUCUACACGCUCGCAGCGCUCGAGGCCGACCAGCGCGACGCCGUCACCGAGCUCUCGACGAGCCUCCGCCUCUUCAGCACCAACGUGCUCAACCUCUGCGUCGCGGCGUGCGACGCGGUUGUCGACCUCUUCCUCGAGCGUAACAAGAUCGUCGCCGAGCACAAGAUGACCUUUAUGGAGCGCGCCGCCCUGCGGAAGGAGUGCCGGAGCCUCACAAACUUUGUGCGACUGGCCGACCUGCUCGUGAUCGACGCGAUGCUGCAGCUCAGCAUCCACUCUUUCACGCACUUUUUGGCGCAGUGCCGGCAGGCGGCGACGCCGCUCUUUAGCGUCACGGUCGCGAUCGCCGAGACAUCGAUCGUCGUGACGCCGAGCGCCGAAGCGUGGACGCUCAGCCUCGAGAACAUUCUGAAGCAGUGCUUGACUGUGCUUGAUGUCCCCGACCGACUGCUGGGCCACCCAAUGCUGCUUGCAUACACGAACGCCACCGCCGAAGACGAGGGCAAGGCCGCGUGGAGCAUCGCCGAGUUGAACCUCGCGAGCCUCCUCAACGACGACGCGGGCUUCUCGGGCGUGAGCGCCGACAUCUUUGCGACCUUGGACGAGGCGUUCGAAGCCAUCGAGAUCUACCUCGAGGUCUUUGGCCCGUACUUUGCUACGUACACGGAGAACAUUGCUGCCCAAAUGCACCCCGAGCACUUCCACGACGCGUCGAUCGAGAUGUUUGGUGACGCCAUCACGCUCUUCCAGCAGCAGCAAGCCGAGUUUACGCGGAUUCCAGCGUCCGGCACCGUCGGCGUGUUUCGCGUCGAGUCGGACGAGUUCAAGCAGCUGCUCUUGCCGACACCGGGCAAGAGUAUCAUUGCGAUCCGCACGCUUCUGCCCAAGCUCAUGAAGAAACAGAGCGUCGCGAUCCUCGACGAGCUCGGCCUGCUCUCGCCGCUGGCCUUUGGCGCGCCGUCCAAGCCCGACGCUUUUGUUGAAAAGGUCGUCCACAUGCAGCACGUGACGACCGUCCUGCCGGCCAUCAAGCUGCAGUACCGGCGCGUGUACGACAUGGCGAUCCUCAUGGACAACUACGAAUGGCGCGUGCCCGAUGACAUCAAGGAAGACAUUAUUCUAAUGAAAGAGGGUGUCUUGUCGCUCGAAGGAACUCUGGCCAAGUUUGACGCCGAGCUCGAAGGCGAGACGGCGCGCUUCACUCAGCUCAUCAACGACAUGCUGCCGCCGCUCACGCGCAGCGUCGAAGCGAUUUCCAACAAACUGGCGAAUCCCAAGCUCGCGACGAUGCAGACGUCGAUUGUGGACGCGCUGGCGUUCCUCCAGGAGCAAGAGGUCGUCGUCAACCAGUUGGCGGCGGAAGCGGCGCGCAUCAAGGAGUACCAGAUCCAGCUCAAGCAGAUCCCGUCCGAGUUUCAAGAUAUCCAGGACGUAGUCGACGACGUGACGCUCAAGACACGGCUGUGGACGGCGCUGGGCGAGUGGGAGAAGGCGACCGUGACGUACAACGAAACGACGUUUGGCAACAUUGACGUCGACGCGAUGAGCAGCCAGGUGCAGGGCUACCUCAAGCUCGCGUCCCAAGCCAUUCGCGCGCUCCCGGCCAACGAAGUCGCCGUGUCCCUCCAAGUCCAAGUCGAGCAGUUCAAGCUCGUGCUGCCCGUGGUCGUGGACCUCCGCGGCUCGUUUCUCCAAGAUCGUCACUGGACGCAAAUCCACGACAUUCUCGGCUUCACCGUCAAGGGCGAUGCGUCCUUGACGCUCGGGACGCUCAUGGCGCGGCAAGCCAUGUCCCACGGCGAAGAGAUCAGCGUCGUCUCUGUCUCGGCGCAGCAGGAAGCAGUGCUCGAGACCAUGCUUCAGAAGGUCAUUCAAGUGUGGCAGACGCUCGAGCUCGAAGUCAAGCCGUACAAGGAAUCCAAAGACGUCUUUGUACUCGGCGCCGUGGACGAGGUGCUCGCGGCGCUCGACGACUCGAUCGUGACGAUCAACACGAUCCUGGGCUCGCGCUUCAUCGGCGCGAUCCGAGACGAGGUCGAGACGUGGCGCCGGAGGCUCGUGGGCCUCCAAGAGACGCUCGACGAGUGGCUCCUCGUGCAGAAGAACUGGAUGUACAUUGAAACCAUCUUCUCGGCGCCCGACAUCCAGCGCCAGCUCCCGGACGCGUCCAAGGUGUUUGCGCACGUCGACGCGAGCUGGAAGGCCAUCAUGAAGCGCACGGCGGACUCGCCGAUCGCCAUCACGGCCGGGUCGUUUCCCGGCAUCAAAGAGACGCUCACGCAGCACAACAUGCACCUCGACAAAAUCCAAAAGUCGCUCGAAGACUACCUCGAGACGAAGCGCAUGGCGUUCCCGCGCUUCUAUUUUCUCUCCAACGACGAAUUGCUCGAGAUUCUGGCGCAGAGCAAGAACCCACACGCGGUCCAGCCCCAUUUGCGCAAGUGCUUUGAGAACCUCGUCAAGCUCGAGUUUGGCGACGGGUCGGUCGACAUGGUCGCGAUGCUCUCGUCCGAGAACGAGCGCGUGCCGCUCGGAAAGAACCUCAAGGCCCGCGGCAACGUUGAGGACUGGCUCAAGGCCCUGGAAGUCAGCAUGAAAGCUUCGAUUUACAAGCUCAUGAAGUACGGUCUCGCCGACUACGACACACGGCUGCGCAAGGAGUGGGUCGUCGACCACCCUGGGCAAGUCGUCGCGACCGUAGCCCAAAUGACGUGGGCGCGCGAGACCGAGGCCGUCUUGCGCACGUCUGGCAGCAUGCAGAAUUGGCUUGCGACUGUCGUCGGCGAUCUCAACGACCUUAUCAUCAAGAUCCGCGGCAAGCUCUCGUCGCUCGAGCGCAAGGUGAUUGUGGCGCUCGUCACCACGGACGUCCACGCCCGCGAUAUUGUGGAAUGUCUCAUGCUCGAAGGCGUCGUGGACGUUGGUAACUUCAUCUGGCAGCAGCAGUUGCGCUACUACUGGGACCCGGACGCCGACGACGUGCUCAUCAAGCACUCGGACUCGAUCAUCCAGUACGGGUACGAGUACAUGGGCGCGACGUCUCGCCUCGUCAUCACACCGCUCACCGAUCGCUGCUGGAUGACGCUCACGGGGGCGUAUGGCCUCAAGCUGGGGGCCGCCCCCGCCGGUCCCGCCGGCACGGGCAAGACCGAGAGCUCCAAGGACCUCGCCAAAGCCAUGGCCAUCCAGUGCGUCGUCUUCAACUGCUCGGACCAGAUCGACUACAAGAUGAUGGGCAAGCUCUUCCGAGGCCUUGCGCAAGCCGGCAACUGGACGUGUCUCGACGAGUUCAACCGCAUCGACAUCGAAGUGCUCUCGGUCGUCGCGCAGCAGCUACUGACGCUGCGCGAGGGCCGGCUCCAGGAAAAGGAGCACAUCAACUUCAUGGGUGUCGAGAUCCUUCUCAAAGAUCACCACGUCAUCGUGACCAUGAACCCCGGGUACGCCGGCCGCACCGAGCUGCCCGACAACCUCAAGGUCUGCUUCCGGCCCGUCUCGAUGAUGGUGCCCGACUACGCGCUCAUCGCUGAAAUCAUGCUCUUCGCCGAGGGCUUUGGCGACGCCAAGACGCUGAGUCGCAAGAUGUGCAAGCUCUACAUCCUCUGCAGCGAGCAGCUCUCGCAGCAGCCGCACUACGACUACGGGCUCCGCGCGGUCAAGUCGGUGCUCGUCAUGGCGGGUAGUCUCAAGCGCGCCAACCCGACGCUGACCGAAGACGUGACGCUCAUCCGCGCGCUGCGCGACUCGAACGUGCCCAAGUUUCUGAGCGACGACCUCCCGCUCUUCCAGGCCAUCGUGUACGACCUCUUUCCCGGCAUCGACAUUCCGUCCAACGACUAUGGCGAGCUCCUCGUGUGCCUCGAAGCCGAGGUCGCCAAGGCCCAGCUGCAAAAGGUCCCCAACUUUGUCACCAAGAUCAUCCAGAUGUUCGACACGUUCAACGUCCGCUUUGGGGGCACGCUCGUGGGCCCGACAGGCGCGGGCAAAACCACAUGCUAUCGCAUGCUGCAAAACAUCAUGACGAAGCUGCGGCAGCAAGGGUCGACCAACCCGCUCUUUCAAGCUGUGCACGCGCGCGUGCUCAAUCCCAAGUGCAUCACGAUGGGCGAGCUCUACGGCGAGUUCAACGACCUCACGCAGGAGUGGCACGACGGCCUCGCGUCCAUGAUCAUGCGCGAAGCUGUCAACGAAGACAACGGCGACUACAAGUGGACCGUGUUUGACGGACCUAUUGACGCGCUCUGGAUCGAAAACAUGAACACGGUCUUGGACGACAACAUGACUCUCUGUCUCGCCAACGGCGAGCGCAUCAAGCUCAAGACCGAGAUGCGCAUGCUCUUCGAGGUCAUGGACCUCUGCGCUGCGUCCCCUGCGACUGUGAGCCGCAUCGGCGUCGUGUACAUGACAUCGACCGACGUGGGGUGGCUCCCGUAUGUGCAGACGUGGCUUCAAACCCGUCCAUCGACAUUUCCGCCAGCGUGGCUGCAUCGGCUCCAUACCAACAUUUCCGCGGUCGUUGAGAAGGUGCUGCAGUUUGUCCGCCUCAACUGCGCCGAGCCCGUCCCGACCGUCGACAUUCAGCUCGUGACGCACUGCUGUCGCCUCCUCGACGCCUUCUUCCCGCAGCUCAUCGCGCUCAAGCUGCAAGACGAGCCCGAGCAGCUCGAGCUCGUCAACAAGCUCUUUUGCUUCUCGCUCAUUUGGUCGCUCGGCGCGUCCAUGAGCCAAGACACGCUCGAGCCGUUCGACGCGUUUUUCCGAAGCCUCCUCGAGUCGGCGGGCAUUGCGGCGCACAUCCCGAGCCACGGCCUCGUCUUCGACUACUACGUCGAUUUGGCCAACAAGCGGUUCUCGCCCUGGAGCGAAAUCGUGCCCGAGUUCAAGUACAAUGCUAGUAUGCCAUACUUUGACAUGAUUGUCGCGACCGCCGACACCAUUCGCUACACGUUUCUUCUCCGCGUGCUCACGAUGAACAACACGCCUGCGUAUAUGACGGGCGUCACGGGCACGGGCAAGACCGUCAUUGUCAUGGACCUCCUCCGAGAACUCACGACCGCCAUCGAAGACGAGCCUGCGAAAUUUGCGAGCACGAUGAUGAGCUUCUCGGCGCAGACGUCGAGCCUCGUGACGCAGUCGACGAUUGAAGCCAAGCUCGAGAAGAAGCGAAAGAACCUCCUCGGACCCUUUGGCAACAAGCGCAUGGUCAUCUUUGUGGACGAUGUCAACCUCCCGGCCGUCGAGGUCUACGGCGCGCAGGCGCCAAUCGAGCUCCUCCGCCAAUUCCUCGAUUUUCGCGGCUUCUACGACCGCGACAAGCUCUUCUGGAAGGACAUCGCCGACACGCUCUUCAUGUGCGCGGCGGCCCCCGCGGGUGGCGGGCGGUCCCACUGCACGCCGCGCUUUGUGCGCCACUUCCACGUGCUCUGCAUGCAUCCGGCGCGCGAGUCGUCGCUCAAGCAGAUCUUCUCGUCGAUCCUCGGCGGCUUCUUGGAGCGCUUUUCGGCGCCCGUGAAAAGCAUGCGCAACGGCAUCAUUACGUGCAUCAUCGAGGUGUACAACCGCGUCUGCAGCGAGCUUCUCCCGACGCCGAGCAAGUUUCACUACACGUUCAACCUCCGCGACGUCUCCAAAGUGUUUCAAGGACUGCUCAUGAUCACGCCGUCGAAAUGCCAGGACGCCGAUACGAUGAACAAGCUCUGGGUGCACGAGGCCGCGCGGGUGUUUGGUGACCGGCUCAACACAGUUCCGGACACGGAGUGGUUCGAAGACCUCGUCACGUCGCUGCUCUCGACCAACUUUCACGUCACGUGGUCCAAGAACGACCUCUUCCACAGUCCGUGCCCGCUCAUCUUUGGCGACAUCUUCAAGCCGGGCACACCCAACCCGCUCUACGAAAUGUGCGACGACCACGGGCGCGUCGUGCGGCUCCUCGAGUCGGCCAACGAGGACUACAACAUGCGCCACUCCAACAAGAUGAACCUCGUCUUCUUCCGCGACGCGAUCGCCCACCUCCUCCGCCUCACGCGCAUCUUGCGUCAGCCGCGCGGCAACGCGAUGCUCAUCGGCGUCGGCGGCUCGGGCAAGCAGAGCCUCGCGCGACUGGCGGCGUUUGUCCAGGAAGCGUCGUGCCACCAGAUUGAGAUCACGCGGGGGUAUAGCAACACGGAGUUUCACGAAGACAUCAAGACGUUCAUGCUCAAGGCAGGCGUCCAAGGGGUCCCGACCGUCUUUCUCUUUACCGACUCGCAGAUCGUCGACGAGUCGUUCUUGGAAGACAUCAACAACAUUCUCAACAGCGGCGAAGUGCCCAACCUCUUUGCGCCGGACGAGAUGGAUCGCAUCGUCGGCGACAUGCGACCCGUUGUGAAGGCCCUCGGGCUUCCCGAGACGCGAGACCAGUGCUUGACGACGUUCGUGUACCGGGUGCGCAACUUCCUGCACAUUGUGCUCUGCAUGUCGCCCGUCGGGUCGGCGCUCCGCGUGCGCUGCCGCGCGUUCCCGUCGCUCAUCAACUGCUGCACGAUCGACUGGUACAUGAACUGGCCAAAAGAAGCGCUGCAGUCGGUCGCGUCUCGGUUCCUCUCGCAGAUUCCGCUGCCGUCCGAGGACCUACGAACUGCGCUUAUCGACAUGUGCUCCAUCGUCCACACGACCUCCAACGACGUAGCGACGGCGUUCCAGCGCCAAUUGCAGCGCCACGUGUACACGACGCCGAAGUCGUACCUCGAUCUCAUCCAGCUCUACCUCAAAAUGCUCAAAGAAAAGACCGAGCAGCUCCAGAGCGUCAAGACGCGCAUGGAGAUCGGCGUCAAGAAGCUCGAGGAGACCAACAGCAUUGUCGACGCGCUCAAAGGCGACUUGAUCAAACUGCAGCCGGUGCUGACCAAGAAAGCUGCCGAGGCCGAAGUGCUGCUCAAGCAAGUGUCGAUCGACCAAAAGGCGGCAGCGGAGGUUCGCGCGCGUGUCUCCAAAGACGAAGCGGUCGUCGGCAAGCAAGCGGAAGAGGUGUCGAUCCUGCAGGCCGACGCGCAGAAGGACCUCGACGUGGCCAUGCCGGCGCUCAAGAACGCCGAGACGGCGCUCAACUCGCUCUCGAAAGGCGACAUUACCGAAGUCAAGUCGUUUACAAAACCGCCCGAGGCCGUCGAGACUGUCAUGCAGUGCGUCUGCCUUCUGCUCGGCGAGAAGCAGACGUGGGACGUGGCCAAGAAGGUGCUCGGCGACUCGAUGUUCCUCGACCGGUUGAUCAACUACGACAAGGACAACAUUCCGGAAGCGCUGUUGAAAAAGCUCUCGAAAUGCGUGGCCAAUCCCGGCAUGAGCGUCGAAGUUGUCUCCAAAGUGUCGAAAGCCGCCACGUCGCUCUGCAUGUGGGCGCACGCGAUGGACGUCUACUCCAAAGUCGCCAAGGAGGUCGGGCCAAAGCAAGCCAACCUCGAUGCGAUGAACGCCAAGCUCGAAGCCGCCAACGCCGUGCUCAAGACCAAGCAAGACGAGCUCCGCAAGGUCAACGAGAACGUCAUGAUGCUCGAGAAGCAGUGCAAAGACACGCUCGACGAGAAAGAUGCGCUCGCCCGCGAAGCCGGCACGACCGAGAAGCGCCUCGUGCGCGCCGAGAAGCUCAUUUCGGGCCUCAGCGUCGAAGGCAAGCGCUGGAAGGAGACGGUCGCAAGCCUCGUCGAAGGCGUCCUCGCCGUCAUUGGCGACACGUUCCUCGCCGCUGCGAGUAUUAGUUACUAUGGCGCGUUCACCGGGAGCUAUCGGCAGCAGAUGGUCGACGCGUGGUUGGCCGAGUGCGACGCGCGGGAAAUUCCAAGCUCCAAGUCGAAAUAUUCGCUCGCGGCGACGCUCGGGUCGCCCGUCGAAGUGCGCGAGUGGCAGCUCAAUGGCCUCCCCACCGAUAUGAACUCGACUGACAAUGCGAUUCUGGCGACGCGCGGCGAGCGCUGGCCGCUCAUGAUCGACCCGCAAGGCCAAGCCAACAAGUGGAUCAAGAAGACAUACCUCCCAGAGGCGACCAAGAUGACGAACGCCAACCUCCUCCGGUCGCUCGAGAGCUGCAUUCGCAAUGGCAAGUCGCUUUUGAUCGAAGACAUUGAAGAGACGCUCGAGCCGUCGCUCGAGCCGAUUCUGCAAAAGGCGAUCUUCAAGCAAGGCGGGCGGCUCCUCAUCCACCUUGGGGACAGCGACGUCGACUACGACCCGAGUUUUCGGCUCUGGAUCACAACCAAAUGUGCCAACCCACACUACCUUCCCGAGGUGUACAUCAAAGUGACCAUCAUCAACUUUACGGUCACGAUGACGGGGCUCGAGGACCAGCUGCUCGGCGACGCCGUCAAGCACGAGCGACCGGACAUUGAGGAGAAGAAGAACCGCCUCGUCGUGACGAUGGCCCAAGACAAGAAGCAGCUCAAGGACAUCGAAGACCGCAUCCUUCAAAAGCUCUCGGAAUCGUCCGGCAACGUUCUCGACGACGAAGGGCUUAUCGACACGCUUGCGUCCUCGAACGCGACGUCCAAGAUCAUCAAAGAGCGCGUGCAAGAGUCGGAGGCGACCGAGCUCGAGAUCAACCGGACGCGCGAAGAGUACCGCAGCGUGGCCACCCGCGGGUCGAUCUUGUACUUUGUCGUCGCGCAGCUCGCGACGAUCGACCCGAUGUACCAGUACUCGCUGCCGUUCUUCCAGCGGCUCUUCAACAUUUGCUUUGACGCGACGCCGCCCUCCGCCGUGCUCUCGACGCGCCUCGCGAUGCUCAUCGACUUUCAAACUACGUACAUCUACACCAACAUCUGCCGCGGCCUCUUUGAAGUGCACAAGGUCCUCUUCUCGGUGCUCAUUUGCUGCAAAAUCAUGCUCUACGACGGCCGCAUCGCCCCAAACGAGUGGUCGCUCUUCCUCCGCGGCGUCAGCGGCGCCAAGCACGGCGUCCCCAACCCGGCGCCGGAUACCAUCACCGACGCGCAGUGGGCCUUGCUGCAGGAGAUGGAAGUUGUUGUCGGCGCGCCGGCCGAAGGGCUCGUGGAGUCGCUCGUGAGCGAGUGGAGGCAGUGGCUCGCGUGGCUUCAGUCGAGCGACAACGUGCCCAGCCCAAUGCGAUCUCCCCGCGGGAUCGGCGCGCGGCUUUCGUCGUUCCAGAACGUGCUGCUGAUGAAGGGCCUCGCGCAGGAAAAGGUCCAGCGCUGCUUGCUAAACAUGCUCACGCUCGAAAUGGCGAGUGGGUUUGGCCAGCUCGGAACCGUCUCGAUGGAGGAGAUCUACAAGGACACGGACAAGAAGACGCCCUGCAUCUUCGUCCUCAGCGCCGGCGCCGACCCAACCGGCAUGCUCUUGCGGUUCGCCAAGGACCGGCAAUUCAGCGACCGCCUCCACUUGAUUUCGCUCGGCCAAGGCCAAGGGCCCCGCGCCGAAGCCCUCAUCGAGACGAGCAAGUCGAUUGGCGACUGGGUGCUCUUGCAAAACUGCCACUUGGCCAAAUCGUGGAUGCCGUCGCUCGAGAAGAAGGUCGAUGACCUGGCGUGCGAUCCCAGCGUGCAAGACACGUUCCGGCUCUUCCUCACGUCGUUUCCGGCCGCGUACUUUCCCGUGACGGUGCUGCAGAACGGCAUCAAGCUCACCAACGAGCCGCCGAAGGGCAUUCGCGCCAACCUCAUUCGGUCGUUUGCGAUGCUCCAGAGCGCCGACCCGCGCUUCUUUGAGACGUUCGAGGGCACGGGCUCGUUUGAGGAAGGCGGCGCAACUUGGACCAAGAGCCAAGUGUGGAAGAAGCUGCUCGCGAGUCUCGUCUUCUUCCACGCAAUCAUCCAAGAGCGCCGCAAGUUUGGCGCGCUCGGCUGGAACAUCAAGUACGAGUUUAACGACACGGACCUCGAGACGUCGUACGAAUGCCUCAAGAAGUUCCUCCUCGAGCAGCCGACCAUUCCGUGGGACGCCUUGCGCUACGUCACGGGUCAAAUCAACUACGGCGGCCGCGUCACCGACGACUGGGACCGGCGCUGCUUGACGAGUAUUCUCAAUGGCUUUUACACGCCGGGUGUGCUCCAGGACAGCUACCGGUUCUCCGCCUCCGGAACCUACUACGCGCCAUCGACGCCCGAGCUCGCGAGCAUCGUCUCGUACUUUGAGAACCUCCCGGCGCACGCGAGCCCCGAGAUCUUUGGCAUGCACGAGAACGCCAACGUCACCUUUGAGCGCAACGAGUCGGCGCAGAUGAUCAACAUCAUCCUGAGCUUAGAGCCGCGCGACGGCGGCGGUGGCGGUGGCGUCAGCAACGACGACAGUGUCUUGGAACUCGCAGCGUCGAUCCAAGCGAGUCUUCCCGGCAACCUCCGCCUCGACGAAGCCGGCCCGUCGACGUUCAAGACGCGCACCGUGCUGGGCACGGUCGUCAUGGACUCGCUCGCGACUGUGCUCUCGCAGGAGCUCGUCAAGUUCAACAAACUGCUUGUGAAAAUGCGCGCGUCGCUCGCCGACAUUCAACGCGCCAUCCAAGGGCUCAUCGUCAUGUCGUCCGACCUCGACAACAUGUACACGUCCUUUUUGAACGGCAAAGUGCCCGGGAUCUGGGAGGUCGUGAGUUUUGCGUCGCUCAAGAGCCUCGGGCCGUGGGUCCAGGAUCUGCUCGGACGUGUCGCCUUCUUCCGCACCUGGCUCGUGAACGGCGAGCCCGUGGUCUUUCCGCUGCCGGCCUUCUUCUUUCCUCAAGGGUUUAUGACGGGGACGCUCCAGAACUUUGCUCGAAAAUACCAGACUGCCAUCGACUGUCUCGGCUUUACCUUUUCCGUCAUGGACGUCCCAGCCUCCGCCAUCUCCGAAUCGCCUGCUGACGGCAUCUACGUCGACGGUCUCUGGCUCGAGGGGGCGCGGUGGAAUGCCAAGAAGCGCUGCUUGGAAGAAGCGCGACCUGGCGAAAUGUUCAGCCCGAUGGCGAUGGUGCACUUUCUACCUGCCGCCAACAUCCUCCGGAAGAAGGAAGAGUACCCGUGUCCGGUGUACAAGACGUCGGUGCGCCAGGGCACGCUCUCGACCACGGGCAUGUCGACCAACUUUGUCGUCGCCGUGUACCUCCCGACGCGCCAGAACCCCGACCACUGGGUCCUCAACGGCGCGGCGUUCCUCCUCAAUCUCAACUAG